AUUGUGUGUGCAGGCGGCCGCUUUAAGAAGGAGAUGGUGGUGGACGGUCAGAGUCACCUGCUGCUGAUCAGAGACGAAGGAGGCCCCCCGGAGGCCCAGUUUGCGCUGUGGGUCGACGCCGUCAUCUUCGUCUUCAGCCUGGAGGACGAGAUCAGCUUCCAGACGGUCUAUCACUACUUCAGCCGCCUGGCGAGCUACAGGAACACGGCCGAGCUGCCGCUGGUGCUGGUCGGCACGCAGGACGCCAUCAGCUCGGCCAACCCGCGGGUCAUCGACGACGGCCGGGCCCGGAAGCUGUCCAGCGACCUGAAGCGCUGCACCUACUACGAGACCUGCGCCACCUACGGGCUGAACGUGGAGCGGGUCUUCCAGGACGGUAAGAGCCGGUCCUCUGGGAAGACCAGUAACGGCGGCGGCAGCCUCAGCGACUACUCGUCGUCGGUGCCGUCCACUCCCAGCACCAGCCAGAAGGAGCUCCGGAUCGACGUCCCGCCCGCCACCAACACCCCGACGCCGGUCCGGAAGCAGUCCAAGCGCCGCUCCAACCUCUUCACGUCGAGGAAGGCGAGCGAAGCCGACAAGGACAAGAAAGGCCUGGAGGCUCGGGCCGACAGCAUCGGCAGCGGGCGAGCCAUCCCCAUCAAACAGGUGAGUCUCUGAAGCCUCGUUAACACAAACACUUGACUUCAAUUAGUGUCGAGGGUCUCCGGGGUCCCGCAGCCAUCAUUAGCGCCGCGAAGGCUCCUCUGUUCGGACACUUCAGGCCCCUUCAAAGCCGCCGCCGCCUUCUGAAGGAACAAAAGCAGCAGAAGAGGCAGCCGAGGAUGAGGCGACCUCCCUGCUGCCACGGCGACGGCAGCACCUGAAUCUGAUCCUAAUUCCUCUCAAACGAGCAAAUCAGCCAAUUAGCGGCGCUGUAAUCGAGUCGCCGCCGCCGCCUCGCCUGUGAUCUGUGUUUGUUUCUGGAGCGGUUUGAUCCCAGCGGAGGCUAAACGUGUCCGGAGCGACCGAAGGCGAGUCCAGACGGACGAGGAGACGACGGAGCUCCACCAGAACCGGCCCGACGUGACAGAACCACGUCCUGAAGGGCUGAAGGUUCACGUUAGUGUCUCAGCGAGCGUCCAGGAAGACGUCAGCUUUCACCGAAAUGACAGAAACAUUCACAAAAAAAAUGUUCAAAUGAUUCCGAUUUGGUUCAGAAAGACACUGAUGAUGGUUCCUGAAGGUUCAGGGAUUUAUCGUCAUCAGAUUCUGUCCAGAAUCACUGAAUGUGUUCAAAGUGAUCCGAUUGUUGUCCAGCAGAGCUCCGACUGUUCGUAUCAGUGAUCCACAUCCGUCUGAACCGACACCUUCCAGACUUUCUUCAACCUCAACACGACUUCAAGUUUAUUAAAAAUCGCCUCAAGAAGAUGUUCUGACCCACAACGUGUGACCUGAAGAACUUUAUGUCCUGAUUGAUUUGAAGAUUUUACCAAAAUGACAAGAAAGUGCAAAAUAACUGAAAUGUACCGUCAAUGAUCCGAACCCGU